AGAAACAAAACACAACCCCGGCACCGCCACGCUCUCCCUCCUUCUCCUCUCGGCUUUUGGUGGUUGUUUUUUGGGGUGUUUUUAAAUUUAUUUUUUCUUUUAAUUUUUUUUUUUCUUGGGGAUUCUCCUCUCUCCUGCCAGACUGACUUACACGUUCUUGAUAAUUUCUCUUCCCCUCAUUUUUUUAUACUCUUCUCCCUGCUUCCAAACCCUGUGUCUGUGUGUUUCAAUACUAUCACAACCUCUGCUAAAAAUAGAUCUUUUUAUACCCUUCCUCCUCUCUGACCCCAUCCAACACCCCUUGUUAAGGAGAAGGAAGUAAUCUCAGCCCACGGAAGAAGGGUAGAACUGAAUUUGAAGCAAAUUUGUUGGCUAAGAGAGCAUGGCAUGAUAUGAUUUGAGGAGAGAAAAAGCAAGAGUUUACACUCCAGAGCAUUGAGUGAUCUGCUGUAACUAUCUUACACCCAGAGCAAGAAAAGUAAAUUCCCUUGGCUGUCCCAUAUCUCUAAGGAACCUGAUGCAUGAGUGGACUAGAGAAGAGACAGAGAGAAAAACUCCCAAGACCUACAGAUCAUCUGGCUGGCAGGGUCAAGUUUUCUCUGGAUUGAGGCGGAACUGUGGCUCAUGGACAUCUGAUGUGAUAAAGCAUACUCAACACUUUUAGAUAUCUUGGGACUGCAAAAGCUGACCAUCGACAGCAGGUUUUUAAAUAUCACUACUCUUCUGACAAACAAUGGCUUAAACGACAGCCUCUUCCAGUGUCUGGAGUAGGGACUGAAGUAAUGAUGAUUUAUGACAGUAGUCUGAGGGGGCUCAUCCUCAGGUUGAUUAAGUGAAUAGAAGAAAAAAAUAAAAAAAACGAAGCUACUUUCAAGUGUGGAAGAUACAAGGCCAGGAUGAACACGAAGGACGGAAAAGUGUCCGAAGGAGGUCUCAAUGUCACUCUUACCAUACGCCUUCUCAUGCAUGGCAAGGAGGUUGGAAGCAUUAUCGGAAAGAAAGGUGAGACAGUGAAGAAGAUGAGGGAGGAGAGUGGUGCUCGAAUCAAUAUUUCAGAAGGCACUUGUCCAGAGAGAAUUGUGACAAUAACAGGCCCAACAGAUGCAAUUUUUAAAGCUUUUUCUAUGAUUGCACUAAAAUUUGAAGAGGACAUCAACGCUUCGAUGACAAACAGCUCGGUGACAAGCAAACCGCCCGUAACGCUGCGGCUCGUCGUCCCAGCAAGUCAGUGUGGAUCCCUCAUAGGAAAAGGAGGUUCCAAAAUCAAGGAAAUCAGGGAGUCCACAGGAGCGCAGGUGCAGGUGGCAGGGGACAUGCUGCCCAACUCGACGGAGCGCGCCGUGACCAUAUCUGGCACUCCCGACGCCAUCAUCCAGUGCGUCAAGCAGAUCUGCGUGGUGAUGCUGGAGUCCCCACCCAAAGGUGCCACCAUCCCCUACCGUCCCAAACCUGCCUCUGCACCUAUCAUUUUUGCAGGUGGCCAGGUAAGAGCAGACACCAUUUUGGCUUCAGCUGGAAACCACACCGUCCUGGCCCAGCCUCAGCCAGCGCCUGCGUUCACGAUUCAGGGGCAGUAUGCCAUCCCUCAUCCAGACGUGAGUCCAGCACAUUUGACCAAGCUUCACCAGUUGGCUAUGCAGCAUCCCCCCUUUACUCCCCUUGGGCAGACCACCCCUGGUUUCCCUGGACUGGAUGCCACUACUCCAACCAGUUCCCAUGAACUUACAAUUCCCAAUGAUUUAAUAGGCUGCAUUAUUGGCAGACAAGGCAGUAAGAUAAAUGAAAUCAGGCAGAUGUCAGGAGCGCAGAUCAAGAUUGCUAAUGCCACAGAAGGCUCCGCAGAACGACAAGUUACAAUCACAGGAUCCCCUGCAAACAUCAGCUUAGCACAGUACCUCAUUAAUGCAAGCUUAGAGAUGGCUAAAGUCAGCACCCAGACCGCUUCCGUCACGACCCCUGUUGACCUCAACAUGAACCUCUCUCAGUCUGCCACCCCUACCUCCACCCCCACCUCCAUGGCCGUGCUGGCGGCCGCCUCCGCCGCCUCCGUCAGUACCCCCCCUCCCCUACCAACUCUGCCAACCACCCACUAUGCCGUUCCUGUCUCCAGUCUGCUUGGCAUGAAAACUGUCCCACUCCUGGCACUAAAUGCCGCGGCCGCCGCGGGGGCCACGGGGAGUUUGUCCGCUUACACUGCCAAAAUUCCUUCGACGAGCGGGGUUAAGAAAUCUGACCGCCAGAAGUUUGCUCCAUAUUGAAGGGAUGAGACACAAUGCAAGCUUUGCCAGCUCUGCCAAGAGUCUGUGGUAGAUCCUAGUUAUCAAGGAAACAAUACGGCAUCUUUUAUUUUCUGUUCGAUUGCUAGUGUUAACUGUUGCCGACUCAAGUCGUCUUCUGCUCUCCAUAACACCUAACACCAGGCACCACCUUCCAACUAGUUCCAACAGCCAGCAGGUGCCAGCCCGGGCUCCUUCUCCCCGGAUACUGUCCCAGGGCUGGCCCUCAGCAGCCCCACGGCAAGGCAGGGCUGCCCCCAGCCCACCAAGGGGGGAGAUACAGUGAGGAGAACGGAAAAAAUGUAAAUGAGGCAAAACGGUGACAGCCAGGUCCUGCUCUGGCAAUGCUGCCCGGCAUAAAAAUACACCUAGAUCCAUGUGCAGGGAUCCCUCCAACUGCAGAACAAUUCCUCAUGGCAAAGUGCCAUCUCUGAUGCAUUUUUUCUAUUGCUAGCAUGUCAAAUCCGGCAUUUUUCAGCGCCCCUGCAAUACCCUGUGAAGUGCUGCUGGCCCCCCUCAGUCAUUCUGCUGCUCCUAAAAGGCCUGGAGAUCCCCAUUCCCCAUCCCAAAAUCCUCCUACAAGCAGGAGAUGGCAGUUAGGAGGUACCAACUUCAGGUACUUGUGCAUACAACAAAUGAAGCUUUCUGGUCUGAGAAAAACUGCUAAAUUAAAAUGACUGCAGAACAGUAAGGAAAAAAUACCAGGUACCGGUGCCUUUCCACAUGAUUCUUUUAAAGGGUGCAACCAUUUUUCUCCACUUUGGAAAAACGUAAUUUUAAGAACUCUGCUUUAGGGAGGGAGGGAGAGAAAGAGAGAGGAAGCUCCUCCUUUUGCACUCAGAUGUUUUACAUACACCAACACAGUUCUUAUUCCUGUAAGUACUUCAGAGCAAGUACAAGCCAGAUGCCGUCACUAUCUCGUAUAUCCUCUCAUGUAUGUUUUAUUCAGCCAAAAUGACCAUUUUUCAUUAGAUUUCACUACAAAAUACAUCCCUGUUUAACUCCCCACUAAUCAUGCAGUCAGGUUGUAUGGUAAUCAUGAAAAACAUGUAGCAUUUUAGAGGUCAUUCAAAGGCUACUGCCUGGACAGAUCCCAUCCCUUUACCAAGCACUUCAGGAUGCUCAGAUUAACUAAAACGAGACAGGUAAUGGCAGCCAAAGACAAGAGAGCUGGGGAAUGGAGUGGCUGGUUGCCAGCUGUUGGAACUAGUUCUUACUGCAUUUUAUGUUUGUCCAUCCACCUUCUUUUUAAUUUCUGUUGCAUAACUCAGUAAUGCAAUAUUGUUUUCCUCACCACUUCCAAAACCAGAAUCCCAUUAGCCCGCCAUGUUCAUCCACUCUGCACUCCUUGGACACAAAGCUUUAACAAUUGAACUGUAUUCAGUGCAUUUUAAUAUAAACUAAAACACAAUGCAAAUGCAAUACUUUUUAAAACAUGGUAUUUCAAAGUGUGUUAUUGUAUAGGGCUAAGUACUAUCUCAGUAUUUUGUGUCAUUUCUGUAUUCUGUGGGCUUUUCUUCACCUUAGCACAUUUGCACUAAGUUUUGUCACUGUAACCAUUUGUAGAACUGCCAUUGUUACAAUUUGCACUUUUCCAAAUGGGGUUUUUGGUUGGUUUUGUUGGGGUUUUUUUUGGUUUUGUGGGUUUUUUUUGUUCGUUUGUGGCUUCCUUUCUUUUUUUUUUUUUUUCUUUUUUUUUUCUGGUUGCAUAUACUGAAGGAAAAACUGGGAAUAAUGUCAAGGUACCACAGCUAUUUAAAAGCUCUAGAAAACUGCUGUAAAAUUGUUCUGGAUUAUUGUAACUGUUUCAAUAAUUGACAUUUAAGGAAAAAAAAAAUCCACCAACCUCUGUGUGACAAAAAUUGCCUGCACUGAAAUGCUGUUCUAUGCUGGUUGUACUCAAGUGGUAUUUUUUUAAUAGUGAGAAGAUUUUUUUUCUUUUUUUGCUUUUUUUUUCCUUUUCUUUUCCUCAUUUUUGUUCC